AUGGCGCUGCCCGCCUGGCUGCAGCCCAGGAACAGGAAGAAUGCCUAUCUUUUCAUCUACUACUUAAUCCAGUUCUGUGGCCACUCAUGGAUAUUUACUAACAUGACAGCCAGAUUCUUUUCCUUUGGAAAAGAUUCAAUGGUUGACACUUUUUAUGCUAUUGGACUUGUGAUGCAACUUUGCCAAUCUAUCUCCCUCUUGGAGUUGCUGCACAUUUAUGUUGGCAUUGAAUCAAACCACCUUCUCCCUAGGUUUCUGCAGCUCACAGAGAGAAUCAUCAUCCUGUUUGUGGUGAUCACCAGUCAAGAGGAAGUCCAAGGGAAAUAUGUCGUGUGUGUUUUAUUCAUCUUCUGGAAUCUACUGGACAUGGUCAGGUACACUAAUAGCAUGUUAUCAGUCAUAGGAAUUUCCUAUGCUUUCCUGAAAUGGCUCAGUCAGACCCUCUGGAUGCCGAUUUACCCGUUGUGUGUUCUUGCUGAAGCAUUUGCCGUCUACCAGUCGCUGCCUUAUUUUGAAUCAUUCGGCACUUACUCCACAAAGCUGCCCUUUGACCUAUCCAUCUACUUCCCCUAUGUGCUGAAAAUAUAUCUCAUGAUGCUCUUUAUAGGUAUGUAUUUUAUCUACAGCCAUCUUUACUCAGAAAGAAGAGACUUCCUCAGAGUCUUUCCCAUUAAAAAGAAGAACCUGUGA